GAUCGGAGACUUCUCCCCGCGGCGCUCUUACGAAGGCUGGUGCCAAGGCACUGGCCAGGCAAGACUCUCCAGACAGCCCGGUCGUGACUACUCCUGUGUACGCAUGGCGUGGGAAAGUGGCUCCUCUCAAGCCACCCAUGCCAGAGCCGGAUACAACUCCUAUGCCUCCCGUGCCGGAGCCGAGCACGGUCCCUAUGAGCGUGGAAGCACAGGAGGAGGAGACGGACGAGGACGAGUGUUGGGGCAAAUGGAGACCAACGUCGAGCACCACAGCCUCCAACAUUGCAGCGAGCCAGCGAAAGGAGGCAGGGGGUGUUGUCCGCAAUACGUGGGGCACAGCAGCCUGUGACUCCACCGAAGGCCCCAGGCCCAACAGCUAUGGUGCCAAGUACGCCCCCAAAGGGGCCAGCCACACCACCGAAGUCUCCGAUUACACCACCAAAGGGGCCAACCACACCGCCAAAGAGUCCGCCAAAGAGUCCGCCAAAGGCCGCGCCAGCGCCGCCCAACAUCUGGACAGCACCACCUCCACCGAGGGCCGCUCCGAAGGCUGCCGCUCCAAAGGUUCCAAAAGCAGCGGUUCCAAAGCCGCCGAAGGGUCCGAAGGCAGCGAUUCCAAAGCCGCCGAAGGGCGCGACUACAACAACGCCGGCUCCUUUGACAACGCCGGCUCCUGUGGCAACGCCGGCUCCUAUGACAUCGCCGGCUCCU